AUGGUGGAUGUGGAGCGGCAGCGCAUGUUCUUCUCACUGCAAAUCGUGCUUUUGCUCUGCCAACCAGGCGUUGCAGCCGUCUCGACGUCCCGUCCCCGCUCGCUGCUCAUCAUUGUCAACCCCGUGAGCGGUGCGGGCAGGGCGCCGGCGCUGGCGCACGCUGUACUGCUGCCCGUACUGCGGGCGGCCGGCGUCGCCUGCACCGUGCGAGCUACGCGGUGCCGCAACCACACGGUGGCCUUGCUGCGCGCGCUGUCCCCGGCACAGCUGGCCGCCUACGACGGCAUUGUGGCGGUAGGCGGCGACGGCGCCUUCCAUGAGCUGGUCAAUGCGCUGUUCUCGGAGCACCGUGCUUCGCUGCGCGCGCUGCGCCUGGCGCAUGUCCCCGCCGGCUCCACCGACGCCGUGGCCUGCUCGCUGCACGGCUGCCGCAGCGCGUUUGGCGCGGCGGCGCGAGUCGCGCUCGGCGACGACGGCCUCUUGGAUGUGCUGCGCGUUGACCUCGGCCCCGGCCGCGCGCCCGUCCACGCCUGCUGCAUCGCAGCGGCCGGGUUCAUGGGCGAGGUCUGCGCGCGCGCGGAGGCCUGGCGCGCGCUGGGUCCGUUGCGCUACGACCUGCUGGGCGCGGCGGCGCUGCUGACAGGGCGAGGCGUGCGCGCCCGCCCAGGCACCCCGCCGACGAAAUGGGAGUCGCGGGAAGGGCGCUGGCGCAGCGUGAAGCUGAUCGUGACGCCGUGCCGCAGCGACAAGACGCCGUGCGGCAUGGCGCGCGCCGGGCACCUAGCCGACGGGCGGGUCAAGGUGGUGCUGGUGCCCAACCUGGGCGCGCUGGGCAUGCUGCGCGUACUGGCGCACAUGGCGGCGCGCGGCCUGGCGGCGGGGGACCUGCCGGGCGUGGAGGUGCUGGACGUGCGGGCGGUGAGGGUGGAGGGCGGCCGCGGCGCGAACCUGGACUGGAACCUGGACGGCGAGGCGACGCCCGCCGCUUUGCUGCGGGCCCACGUGAUCAGGGGGGGGCUGCGCGUGUUUGCCAGGGGGGUGGAGACGGGGCGGUGA